AUGCAUCAGAGAUACUUUUGGACUGACCAGGGCCAAGUGGCAUUCGGCGGGCACUUCAUGGCGGAAGGGGAAGGGUACUUCGCCAUGGCCGAGGACGAGCUGGCCGGCGGCGCCUACAUCCCCCUGGGCUGCGACUUCAGCGGCGGCGGCGGCGGCGGCGGCGGCAGCGACUUGGUCGUCGCGGGCGGCUGCGGUUUCGACGGCGGCGAGGACGAGCCGUGCGCGGACUACUGCGAGGGCCCCACGGCGCACUGCAACGUGCUCACCUGGGAGCAAGUGCAGCGGCUGGACGGCAUCCUGAGCGAGACCAUCCCGAUCCACGGGCGCGGCAACUUCCCCACGCUCGAGCUGCAGCCGAGCCUGAUCGUGAAGGUGGUGCGGCGGCGCCUGGCCGAGAAGGGCAUCUGCGUCCGCGACGUGCGCCUCAACGGCUCGGCCGCCAGCCACGUCCUGCACCAGGACAGCGGCCUGGGCUACAAGGACCUGGACCUCAUCUUCUGCGCCGACCUGCGCGGGGAGGAGGAGUUUCAGACUGUCAAGGACGUCGUGCUGGACUGCCUGUUGGACUUCUUACCCGAAGGGGUGAACAAAGAGAAGAUCACACCGCUCACGCUCAAGGAAGCUUAUGUGCAGAAAAUGGUUAAAGUGUGCAAUGACUCUGACCGAUGGAGUCUUAUAUCCCUAUCAAACAACAGUGGCAAAAACAUGGAACUGAAAUUCGUGGAUUCCCUCCGGAGGCAGUUUGAAUUUAGUGUAGAUUCUUUUCAAAUCAAAUUAGACUCUCUUCUCCUCUUUUACGAAUGUUCAGAGAACCCAAUGACUGAAACAUUUCACCCCACAAUAAUUGGUGAGAGCGUCUAUGGCGAUUUCCACGAAGCCUUUGAUCACCUUUGUAAUAAGAUCAUUGCCACCAGGAACCCAGAGGAAAUCAGAGGGGGAGGCCUUCUGAAGUACUGCAACCUUUUAGUAAGGGGCUUUAGGCCCGCCUCUGAUGAGAUCAAGACCCUUCAGAGGUAUAUGUGUUCCAGGUUUUUCAUCGACUUCUCAGACAUUGGAGAGCAGCAAAGAAAACUGGAGUCCUAUUUACAGAACCACUUCGUGGGAUUGGAAGACCGCAAGUAUGACUAUCUCAUGACCCUUCAUGGAGUGGUGAAUGAGAGUACAGUGUGCCUGAUGGGACAUGAAAGAAGACAGACUUUAAACCUUAUCACAAUGCUGGCUAUCCGGGUGCUAGCUGACCAAAAUGUCAUCCCUAACGUGGCUAAUGUCACUUGCUAUUACCAGCCGGCCCCCUAUGUAGCAGAUGCCAACUUUAGCAAUUACUACAUUGCACAAGUCCAGCCAGUGUUCACAUGCCAGCAACAGACAUACUCUACUUGGCUACCCUGCAAUUAA